AUGAUUUUUUCUAGUAGAGGCCACGGCGGGCCGAGUUUAUUUUUUCUCAGAAACAUUUCCGUUUAUUCCGCGUUGGAAUGUAACCAUUACAAAGUAUUAGGAUUGAAUCCGACGGCGACGCAGACGGAAAUAAAAUCUGCUUUUUAUGAAUUGUCGAAAAAACAUCAUCCUGACAAGAAUCAAGGUUGUGAAAAAAGUGCUAAAAAAUUCAAAGACAUAACGGCAGCUUAUGAAAUAUUAAUUGGUGAUAUUACUCCAAUAUACUUUGUUCCAUACCUAUCUAUACCCUUCUUUGUUACAGGAAAUGAAAAGCUGAGAUUGAAUUAUGACAGAGAAAUUUUUAGGCAUAACUCAUCAGCUUAUGCAAGUGCAAAUUCUAGAAUGGAUUACAAUGAUGACUUUGAAAAGAAAUACUAUGAGAGAACAUCUAAAAUGAAAAGCAGAAGGGGCUAUGGAAAGACUGCUUAUUACGAUUUUGAUGCUUGGUAUAAAGCUCACUAUGUAGAUUUUCCAGCGGAUAAAUAUUACACCGGUCAUCAUAAUUCUUACACAUACAGAACCACAGUUAAACCAGAGAUGAAUAAUUUAAAACCAACAUUUACCCCAUACCCAUUGUAUUUGUUUAUAGGAUGUUGUUUGCUCAUUUACAGUUACAAUGUCAUACAAAAAAAAAAGUAG